AUGUUUACUCAGUGUGAUGGUGAUUUCCCCAUCACUAUUAUUGAGGAUACAUACACUCCGUCAAUAUUUGUACCUGGUGAAAAGACCACCGAACACAUUGUAUGGGAUAGCACUGUCGAAAUUGAACCAACAACCACUUUUGUCCUGAGUGUUUCCUUGCUUGAUGGCACAGCAAUAUUAACACAUGAGGAGGAUUAUUGUGAAAGCAACUCGAAACCUCCUGAUAUAGAUUGUCCAAUUCCGGCAGGACAUCUCGAUUUUACACUCGAAUAUGUGUUCCCUGUUAGUCCUACCCAACCUGUUAAUGAAACUGAGCAAUAUCUCAUAAAAUCGACUCUUGUCGGUUCGGAUGGUACAACUUUACUGUGUGAAUCAGGUAUAGCCACUGUAGCAUACCCUUAA